AUGAUUUCCACGAUAUUUGAUAGAGUUAGAAAAGAAAGACCGGAAAACAUUGAAAAAGUUGUGCCUAUAUCCGGGGAUUUAGUUCUGCCUAACCUUGGUAUAAGCCAAGAAGAUGAAAAACUUUUGAGAAAAAAGGUGGCAGACCCAAUACUUACACUUUCACUAAAGCACUCGCAGAAAGUGUCGUUAAUGAAGAACAUGGUGAUGUUCCUACAAUAA